AUGGGUAGCAGUAGCAAAAAUAGAAUGUUCAGAUAUGGUGAUGGGGUGGACAAGUUGUUGAUGUUUUUGGGAACUGUGGGUUGCAUUGGAGAUGGGUUGCAAAUCCCUCUCAUGAUGUACGCUCUUAGUUACGUGAUCAAUGACUAUGGCAACAUUGGUACCAAAGUGUCUAUUCAUGUUGUAAACAAGUAUGCACUCAGACUGCUAUAUAUUGCAACUGGAGUAGGAUUAUCUGGUUUUUUCACUAUAUUCUAUGUUGAAAUUUUGCUGGCAUUUAUUUAUGCAGAAGGACUUUGUUGGGCAAGAACUGCCGAAAGACAAACUUCUCGAAUGAGAAUGGAAUACCUGAAAGCUAUCCUUAGACAAGAAGUUGGUUUCUUCGACACCCAAGCAGCUGAAUCUUCAAGAACUUACCAAGUUGUUUCAACCAUCUCCUCCAAUUCCAAUUCAAUCCAAAUCGCUAUAGGAGAGAAGAUGCCCAACUGUCUUGCUUUGCUGUCAUCCUCCUUCUUUUGCAUGAUAUUUGCCUUUGUUCUAUCAUGGAGGAUUACAUUGGCAUCUAUUCUGUUCACUAUUGUGUUCAUUGCCACAGGACUUGGAUUCGGGAAAAUCAUGAUGGAUGUGGGGACGAAGAUGAUUGAAUCUUAUGGGGUUGCUGGUGGGAUUGUAGAACAAGCAAUUUCUUCAAUAAGAACUGUAUAUUCAUAUGUUGGAGAGCAUCAAACGCUUGACAGGUUCAGACACGCGCUUCAAAAAACCAUGGAAUUGGGAAUAAAGCAAGGUUUUGCAAGGGGGUUGCUGAUGGGAAGCAUGGGAGUUAUCUAUGUUAGAGGGGCAUUUCAGGCUUGGUUUGGGUCUAUUAUGGUUACUGAAAAGGGUGAAAGGGGUGGCGACGUUUUUGUAGCUGGAUUCAAUGUCUUCAUGGGAGGAUUGAAUAUUUUGACUGCACUGCCAAAUCUCACAUUCAUCAUAGAGGCAAGGGUGGUCGCUUCUAGGAUAACGGAAAUGAUUGAUCGGCUUCCAGCCAUAGACACUGAAGAGAAGAAGGGGAAGGCUCUGUCAUAUGUGAGAGGAGAACUUGAAUUCAAAGAAAUAUCUUUUAGUUACCCAUCAAGGCCUGAUACACCAAUUCUACAAGGCUUAAAUCUUAGAGUUCCAGCUUGCAAAACUGUAGGUCUCGUCGGGGGCAGUGGCUCUGGCAAGUCUACCAUUAUUUCAUUGCUUCAAAGAUUUUAUAAUCCUAUUGAAGGUGAAAUUCUCUUGGAUGGGUACAAGAUAAACAAGCUUCAUCUUAAGUGGUUGAGAUCACAAAUGGGACUGGUUAAUCAAGAACCAGUCCUUUUUGCAACAUCCAUUAAAGAGAAUAUACUAUUUGGGAAGGAAGGAGCAUCAGUGGAAGAUUUAAAACGAGCAGCAAAGGCUGCAAAUGCACAUGACUUCAUUUCUAAGUUACCGGAUGGGUAUGAAACUCAAGUUGGGCAAUUUGGGAUUCAAUUGUCUGGAGGGCAAAAACAACGAAUAGCCAUCGCAAGGGCUUUAAUAAGAGAACCUAAAAUCUUGCUGCUUGAUGAAGCUACGAGUGCCCUGGAUGCAGCAUCUGAAAGAACUGUACAGGAGGCCAUUGAUCAGGUGUCAGUGGGAAGGACAGCAAUUGUCAUUGCCCACCGCCUCAGCACAAUAAGAAUGGCUAAUCUGAUUGUGGUUCUUCAAUCAGGAAAAGUAGUUGAAUCAGGUUCACAUGAUGAGCUUAUGCAAAUGAAUUGUGGACAGGGUGGAGAAUACUUUCGAAUGGUGCAGUUGCAGCAAUCAACAAUGCUCAAUGAAGCCUCAAUUGAUGCUGAUUGUCAAGUAGAUGGAAGUAGCCACUACAAUACGGGUUGUCCACCGAGCCCAAUGAGUGUGAGAUCAAGUGCACCAAGCACCCCAGGGAUACAUCCAUAUAGCCCGGAUUUUUUCAUCAGCCCACCUCACUCUGUUGAAUUUGAAGCUUCUAAUGAAAGUGAUGAGGAGAAUCUGAAGCAACUAACUUCUUGUCCCCCUUUGCAGUGGCGUUUGCUAAAAAUGAAUGCACCUGAGUGGGGAAGAGCAUUGCUUGGAUGCAUAGGCGCAAUAGGAUCCGGAGCUGUUCAACCCAUAAAUUCCUACUGUGUGGGGGCACUUAUAUCAGUUUACUUCAAAAAUGAAAAAUCCUCCAUCAAAUCUGAUGCCAGAUUCUAUUCUCUAAUUUUCUUAGGCCUUGGAGUUUUCAACUUCAUUACCAGUCUCCUCCAACACUACAAUUUUGCAAUCAUGGGAGAAAAGUUGACCAGAAGGGUAAGAGAGCAGCUGCUAGAACAGCUGAUGACCUUUGAGAUUGGUUGGUUUGAUCAAGAUGAGAACACAAGUGCAGCCAUUUGUGCAAGGCUAUCAACUGAAGCUAACAUGGUACGAUCCCUUGUUGGGGACCGUAUCUCAUUACUGGCUCAAGCAUUCUUCGGGGCUACCUUUGCUUACGCACUAGGUCUUGCACUCACGUGGAGGCUAUCCAUUGUAUUAAUCACGGCACAACCAUUACUCAUCGGGAGUUUUUACGCCAAGAGUUUCUUGUUCAAGAGUAUGUCUGAAAAAAUCCAAAAAGCACAGAAGGAAGGAAGUCAACUAGCAAGUGAAACUGUCAUUAACCAUAGAACAAUAACUGCUUUCUCUUCUCAAAAGAGAAUAUUGAAGAUCUUCCGAGCCACCUUGGAGGGCCCUAGGAAGGAAAGCAUUAAACAAUCCUGGUUUUCGGGUAUUGGCUUGUUUAGCUCCCAAUUUUUGGCUGCAGCUUCAACAGCUUUAGCAUACUGGUAUGGAGGAAGGCUAUUGACAAAAGGGUUAAUAACUCCAGAGCAGCUCUUUCAAACAUUCUUUUUACUACUAUUUACUGCUUACACAAUUGCCGAGGCAGGAAGCAUGACCAAGGAUUUAUCUAGAGGAAGCAAUGCUGUCAAGUCAAUAUUUUCAAUACUAGAUAGGAAGAGUGAAAUCGAUCCAGAUAACUCGAGGGGAUUUGAUGCUAAUAAAAUCUCGAUUAAAGGCAGUGUGGAGCUGAAAAAUGUUGUCUUUGCAUAUCCAUCAAGACCUAAUCAGUUGAUCAUUAAGGGCCUGUGGCUUAAGAUUGCAGCAGGAAGUUCAGUAGCACUAGUGGGACAGAGUGGUUCCGGAAAAUCUACCAUUAUUGGACUUAUUCAGAGAUUUUAUGACCCAGUGCAGGGAGCUGUAUAUAUAGAUGAAAGGGACAUAAAGGAGUAUCAUUUGAGAUCCCUGAGGACACAAAUUGCAUUAGUCAGCCAGGAGCCAACCCUUUUUGCAGGAACUAUCCACGAAAACAUUGCCUAUGGGAAAAAUGAUGCCAAGGAAUCUGAGAUUAGAGAGGCUGCAAUGCUUGCCAAUGCGCACGAAUUUAUAAGUGGAAUGGAAGAUGGCUACAAUACUUACUGCGGAGAAAGAGGGGUUCAGUUAUCUGGAGGUCAGAAACAGAGAAUAGCAAUAGCUCGUGCAAUACUAAAGAACCCAUCAAUCCUUCUAUUGGAUGAGGCAACCAGUGCCCUUGAUAGUGUAUCAGAGAACUUAGUUCAACAAGCACUUGAGAAGAUGACGAAUGGUCGGACAUGUAUUGUUGUAGCUCAUCGACUAUCAACGAUUCAGAAUUCCAAUUCCAUUGCAGUGAUCAAGGAUGGAAAAGUUGUGGAGCAGGGUUCACAUUCUGAUUUAGUUUCCUUUGGACAAAAUGGCAUUUACUAUUCUCUUGUAAAACUAUAAGGCAACAACUAUCCUUAUCGCUGAAGUGUAGUAACAAGU